CUUUUCUUUUCUUGUCUUUCCUUUGUAACUGCUUUCCAGCUCGCAAAAAAGUCAUUGCUUAUAGACUCAUUGUUACGCAUCAGGCUUUUCACUCUUUUCAAAGCCUCGUCACGACAAAAAAAUAAACAAAAAUGCGCGUCUCAACCAUCGCCUACACCCUCGGCCUCAUGGUCGUGGCCGCACAGGCGGCCCCCGAGAAGGACUUUGACGCCACGCUCGCCAAGCACGAGGCGGCUCUUGAGCUGGCGGCCCGUGCCAUUUACGACCACCUGGAGGCCAACCAGGAGCACCUCUCCAAGCGCGCCAUUGGUGGCGAGAGGGCUUCGUGGCAGUUUGGAAACGGCUGCAUCUCCCGCAACUAUGACGCGCCAGGCCUGGGCGCUAUUUACAAGCGCCAAGCCUUUGACGAGUACGGCGGUGGUGGCUCUGAGGCCGGCUACGGAGGCGAUGGCAUGAGCCAGCAGGGGAUGGGUGGCGGCAGCUACGGUGGUGGCGCCGGCAUGGGCCAGCAAGGAAUGGGCGGUGCCGCCUACGGUGCCGCCUACGGUGCCGCCCCGGGCAAGAAGAGCAUGUGGGGCCGUGUCCGCAAUGCUUUCGGUCUGGGCGGCUCACAGGGCCAGCAGAUGCCCAAGCCAAAGUCAAACGUCAUGUUCUGCUUGCCUGGAAAGGGUACCAACAGGCACAACCAGCUGGCACAGGGUGGGGGACAGGGACUGGUCCCCAACCACAUGAGGACCGGCAUGAACGGAGGCAUGGGCGGCGGCAUGGGUGGCGGCAUGGGCGGUGGCAUGGGCGGCGGCAUGGACGGCGGCAUGGGUGGUUAUGGAGGCCAGUCGCAGGGCGUGUACAAGCGCUCCCUUCACGGCUCAAACGCCCCCGCGGGAGAUUCCGCCGUUCCCGCCGGUGGUGACGAGUCCCCGCGCCGCCACCGCCACCACCACAAGCACCACCACAAGGAUGGAAAGGACUCCCAGAGGCAGAAGAUCCAGGAGCAAAGCGAAGGCCACCAGGCGGCUAACCCCCACCAUGGCGCACCUCGCCCGGCCCCUGCCUCCAGCAACCCCGCUGGACACGGCUUCACGACCUAUGGCUGGGGACAAUAAACCUGUCCCAGCGCUCGAGUUCUGCCUUUUCUUUCAAUCCUCGUUUUGGGUCCUGCUUUUUCUGUCCUUGCCUCUUUGGUUCUGCUUUCCACCCGCUUCUGCUUCGAGUCCUUGUUCUUGAGUCACUGCUUUCAAUCAUGUCUCUGGCUUUUGUUUCUUUUUUCUGACGCCGCCGACGAGGUUUUCUUGGUUUAGCAACAAAGAGUUCUUUGGGAAGUGCAUUUUGAGUUUUUGAGUUUUGGUCCUUUUUGUCCGUUUCGCUUGCGGGUUGGUCUGCGAAUUUGCAAGUCGUCCUUUUCUAUACUCUCACUCUUUUGUUGCCUUGUAUUUGUUUGCAUUACUUUCCUGUCUUGUUGUUUCUGCCUUGCCUCCGCAAUGGCACACCAAUGCGGGCGGAAACGUUCACUCUCUGGGUACUUCUUUUUCUCUCUCUUCCUUAAAACCAAAACACAAGAUCUCUUUUGUCUUUUCAUCUCUAGCGCCAUCGAUGGGGACCCUUUGCAUAAAAAGUACGUUGGACUUAUCACCUACGCUGCUUGACAAAACCCCAAGGUGUCCUUCUCCCUGAAUUGGCGGAAAGGCUUUUUUGAUCUCAGUUAGUUCGGCAACCUCUGAAAGGAGUUUGGCCACUCCGUCACGGGCUCUGACGGACGGGGUGUCAAAUAUAAUAUAUAAUGCCCUUUGGGGAUGUCACUUUCUAUAUGGAUUCUUAAUGCUUGUAGCGUGUGGAUUGAGUAGAUGACCAAUCAGUUGAGACAAUUGGAAUGCAGAAAUCGG